GCGGCGGGAGAAGGGGCCAGGGAGCUGCGCUACCGCGCCGCCAACCCGGGCGAGGCUCGGCCGCGUCGUCCCUGCGUGCCGAGAUCCUUUGAGACUGCAAAGACUAUUUAAAGAAGGAAGACAGCAUGAGAUUGGAUUUAGUGCAGUAAAGUAGGUUAAUUUGAGGACAAGACAAAAAAUCAUUAUUUAGACCUUCUUGUGUUGCAGUUAUGAGAACUUACCAUUGCUUCUGGCUGCUGUUUUGGGCUGGUCAGCCCCACCAAAGUUUCUUAACUCCGUUAUCCAAAAGGACUAGUGGCUUUCCAGAAAAGGAAAAGGUUUUGGUGUUGUCUGGAAACAGCAGGCAAGACCUCCAUCGUUCCAAAAGGAGCUGGAUGUGGAAUCAGUUCUUUUUAUUGGAGGAAUACACAGGAACUGACUACCAAUAUGUUGGCAAGCUGCAUUCAGACCAGGAUAAAGGAGAUGGAUCACUUAAAUACAUCCUUUCUGGAGAUGGAGCAGGAGACCUCUUCAUUAUCAAUGAAAACACUGGUGACAUCCAGGCCACAAAGAGACUAGACAGGGAAGAAAAGCCUGUAUACAUACUCCGUGCCCAGGCUAUAAACAGAAGGACUGGAAGACCAGUGGAACCAGAAUCUGAGUUCAUCAUUAAGAUCCAUGAUAUCAAUGACAAUGAGCCAAUGUUUACAAAGGACGUUUACAAUGCCAGCAUUCCCGAAAUGUCAGAUGUUGGUACCUUUGUUGUGCAAGUCACUGCAACUGAUGCCGAUGAUCCUACAUAUGGGAACAGUGCUAAAGUUGUCUACAGCAUUCUCCAGGGACAACCAUAUUUCUCUGUUGAAUCUGAGACAGGCAUUAUUAAAACUGCUUUACUGAACAUGGACCGUGAAAAUAGGGAGCAAUACCAAGUGGUCAUCCAGGCUAAAGACAUGGGAGGCCAGAUGGGCGGAUUAUCGGGAACCACCACCGUGAACAUCACUCUGACUGAUGUCAACGACAAUCCACCUCGCUUCCCCCAGAGCACAUACCAGUUCAGAGCUCCUGAGUCUACGCCGCUCGACUCCCCGGUUGGCAGGAUAAAAGCUAACGAUGCUGACGUGGAUGAAAAUGCAGAGAUUGAAUACAGCAUCACUGAAGGGGAUGGAUAUGACAUGUUUGGAAUUACCACAGACAAGGACACACAGGAAGGAAUUAUAACUGUGAAAAAGGCAUUGGAUUUUGAAAGCAAAAACUUGUAUAUUCUCAAAGUGGAAGCUACCAACACUCAUGUGGACCCUCGAUUCCUGUACUUGGGGCCAUUCAAAGACUCAGCCACAGUCAGAAUUCAGGUGGAGGAUGUAGAUGAACCUCCCAUGUUCAGCAGACCAGCAUACAUAAUGGAAGUGAAAGAAGAUGUUCCAUUAAACAGUGUAAUAGGAACAGUAACUGCUCAGGAUCCAGAUGCUGCCAAGAAUCCUGUCAAGUACUCUGUAGAUCGUCACACUGAUAUGGACAGAGUAUUCAACAUCAAUUCAGGCAAUGGUUCGAUAUUCACUUCAAAACCCCUUGACCGGGAAACACUGCUGUGGCACAACAUUACAGUAAUAGCAGCAGAGAUCAACAACCCAAAACAAAGCAGCCGUGUCCCCGUGUUCAUUAAGGUCUUGGAUGUAAAUGACAACGCUCCAGAGUUUGCCAUGUUUUACGAGACCUUCGUCUGUGAGAACGCAAAGGCAGAACAGCUGAUACAAACAUUAAGUGCUGUUGAUAAAGAUGACUCUUACAAUGGACAUCAGUUUUCAUUCUCCUUAGCUCCCGAGGCUGCCAGCAGCUCAAACUUUACACUACAGGACAACAGAGACAACACAGCAGGGAUUUUCACUCGAAAAACCAGAUAUAACCGGCAUGAAACAAGUACCUACUUCUUGCCAGUGGUAAUAUCAGACAAUGAUUACCCCAUCCAGAGCAGCACUGAAACGGUGACUAUUCGGGUGUGUGCUUGUGACCAUCGAGGAAAGAUGCUGUCCUGUAAUGCAGAAGCCUUGAUUCAUCCUACUGGUCUUAGCACUGGGGCUCUUAUUGCCAUUCUUCUCUGCAUCAUUAUAUUACUUGUUACUGUGGUGCUGUUUGCAGCACUGAGACGACAGCGGAAAAAAGAGCCUUUGAUAAUUUCCAAAGAAGACAUCAGAGACAACAUUGUCAGUUAUAAUGAUGAAGGUGGUGGAGAGGAAGACACCCAGGCAUUUGAUAUUGGCACGCUGAGGAAUCCCGAAGCCAUAGAUGAUAAUAAAUUACGCAGAGACAUUGUGCCAGAAACGCUUUUUCUGCCACGGCGGACUGCAACAGCACGAGAUAACACGGAUGUCAGAGAUUUCAUUACCCAAAGGUUAAAGGAAAAUGACACUGAUCCAACAGCACCCCCGUAUGACUCAUUAGCAACCUACGCGUAUGAAGGUAAUGGUUCUGUGGCCGAGUCCCUCAGCUCCUUGGAGUCGGUGACUACGGACGGAGAUCAGGACUACGAUUACCUCAGUGACUGGGGACCUCGGUUUAAAAAGCUGGCAGAUAUGUAUGGCUCAAUGGACAGUGACAAAGACUCUUAAUAUGCUGUCUUAUUUUAUUUUCCUCUUUUUUUUCUGUUCCUCAUUCCCAGAAACAGCACUGGGGUAUGUGAAGUGGCUAUUUCUUUCUGUUUCUCCACAGUUGUUUGAAAGGCUUCUCUAUUCUACCCAUUUGAAUUGUCUAAUGACUGCAGUCUGUGUGGGUUAGCCAUCAGAAAACUUUCUCUAGUAUCAUUUUAUGAGCUUCCAAGAGGCAAAAUCCUUAUUUUUUGAGUGCAUCCAGUUGACCAAGCCAAUCUUACAGGCACAGCAGUAGUGGAGGGAAAAAAAAAAACAAAGGAUCAGAUGGGGAGCAAUAUUUUUACUUGUUCUGCUUAUAUUGUAAAUUGGAGUAUAUUACUGUUUAAGCUCACUUGCUUUUUACUUGUAUUCAGACUAUUCAGCUCAGACGACUGCUCUGUCGAUUGUGUAUUGCACAUCCCAAUGUAAUGAGGUACCCUAGUUUACCCUAUGUAUUAUAGUCAAAAGUAGUGGUGAUGGAAUGAAGGUUUAUUAUACAAGUAGAGUAAGCUGAGAAAAGAAUAUCAAACACACAUUUUACUCAUGAGGAGAGUAGAGAGGCUUAAUGGUCAUUUAAACCUGAGUGUUUCUCUAGAACUCACCGCUUCCCAAUUGCACUGAAUCAUACUAACACACACAUAUAUAUAGUUCAUUGACUGCUCUGUAUAUAUUCUUUGGACCUAGCAUUGCUGGAGAGAUGUGUGUGUGUGCACGUGUGUGUGGUCAGUAGCCCCAGUAUAUAAUUCUUAGAUGGUUUCCCCAUUCUAACCCAGGCUUGCUUUGCAAUACAGGGAAAGUCAUCAAAUCCAGCUCUGGAUUAGGUCAUGGCUUAGAGGAAGGAACAGAUCGUAACUGUGCUUUUGCUUGCACUUCCUCAGUCGGCCUCCACCUGCACAUCAGUUCAGUGAUGUUGACUGUCCUGGGGACGUGGUAGUCAGGGUGUUCAUAUCCAGCUACUCCUGCCUGUUCUUGUGUGCAGGUGGGGGAGGAGUGACCUCAAGGCGACUGCCACCCCCUGGGGCAAAAGGAGCAACUGCAGAGGUGGGAAGUGCUUUUUUUGUCCAGACCUUCUCUGCCUGGAUGUCCGGGAUGGAUUCCUGACUGACUCUCUGCCCAGUUUUGCUAUCUGUAAAAUGGGGAAAUAAUGCCUACCUCAUCAGGAUGUUGCAAGAACUAUGUAAGACAUUUGGAAAAUGCUUUAGAAAUGGAAAACACUGGCAUUCUGCCACAUGAAGUAACUUUUCAUGCUUUUGGGUAGUUGUUUCCUUUUUUUUUCUUCCAGACUCAAGCCCUGAAUAAACAAAUAAUGGUCAUUCCAGUGGCCUGAAAAGUGGGGUUUAUAAUUAUAAUUCAUAUUUAAAGUAAACUACUCAGUCAGGGUUGUUAAAGACUUCAACAAAAGGUGAAAUUUUAACUGCAAGUUUCUCUGUGUAUGUUUAUCUGCUUUGCCAAACGAAGUAAUUUUUGUCCAGGUGUGGAGUGGGGGAAGUUGCCAUAAUCUUGGGCCAAAACAGUUUUCUUUAUAGCUUGCACACCACUCAGUAUUUCAGAUGGUUUUUCAAACAUGUAGUGGCUGCUCUUCAAACCCAGACAUCUAGGAGAGGCUCUCUGGAGAAAACCCUAAGGGGUUGCCAUGGGGUAUAUCUGA